AUGUGGAGGACCUUUGAGACUGCCAUCGUGAACCUACCAUCCCCGGAGGUCUUUGGGCGCAGGCCACUCCUGGUGACCAGGAGCAAGAAUUACUCGGCGUAUGAUAUCGCCGAUCUGCUUGUUGCCAUCAGUUCCGCCAAUGGCGACAAGCCAUUCAGAGAGCGUGAGCUCGCAAAGAUGGGCUACUUCAAGGCGCCCAUGGUUCCAAUGACUCAUAUGUAUGGAAUGGGCGUCCCAACGGAGGAGCAACUGGUGUACCGGGAAGGUGACUUCGAUAUACCGCCUGAAAUGGUGUACGGCGAUGGUGACGGCACCAUCAACCUAAAAAACAUGUUGGCGUUCGAGGAGAAGGUGGGGAAACAGCCGGGACAAAGAGAGCUCUUCAAGUCCAUCAGAGUUACAAAGGUUCCACACUCUGAAUUAGUUAUCCAUCAACGGGCUCUCAAGAAAAUCAUGUGUGAGAUCGUAGAAUUAAAUCGCUAG